AUGGCCGCAAACAUGCAGCACAUGGCGGGAGCGGCGGGGAUGAUGCAGCAGCAGCAACCGCGUCCCCGGCCCUCCCAGGUUCAGUUGAACCAGUUUCUUUACCAGACUAUGCUUGCCCAGCAGCAGCCGCAUACGGGCUGGCAAGCCGGCGUCGCUAUCCAAGAGCGCAUGAUCAAGUGCCACAACCUUAUCACCAACAUCGGCCUUGCCGUGACUAACAUCGAUUUCAUGAAGGCGGCAGAAGUUGGUGUUAACUUUGAGCGCGAGGCGUUCAACAAGUCGCAAGAUAAGGCCCAAUAUGAAGCGCAAAUGAGCAACAAGACAAACGAGUUCUUUAGACGGCGACAGGCGAACGAGCAGAAUCUCAGCAACAACCUCCAGGCACAGGCAGCCGCUCAGGCUCAGCAACAGCUGAUGAUGAACCAGAACGCCGCGAUGCAGAACCAGAUGGGUAGGGGAAUGAGCCAGAACCAACAGCAAGGGUUCCAGCACCUGCAGCACCAGAUGCAAGCGUCUCAAAUACCCCAACAGGGCCAGAUGGGUGUCAACAUGGGCAACCAGGGCGGCCAACCGAUCGGGCCUAAUCAGCAAAUGUUCCAGAUGCCCGGCGGGCAGGUCAGACCCCAGAACGCCAUGCCUACCGACGCGUCGAGCCUCACGCCGCAUGACCAGCAGAAAGUCUUGGAGCUCGCUCACAAGAUGGCUGCUGCGUGCCCCGAGCCUCAGAAGAACCACUACCGCAACAUUGUGCAAACUCGAUUCGCUCAGAGAGCACAGGAGUAUACCGCGCAAGGGAAGGAUCCGGUUCUCAUCUGGUUCCAACACCAAGCCUUCCAGGGCCUCUCGAAAAACGCAGCUUUGGCGAGACAGCGGCAGCAGCAGGGAGGCAUGCCUCCCAACUUGAACCCUGCUCAAACCCAGGCACUCAUGCAAGCUGGCAGAGGACAGAUGAACCCCGCCAUGAUGAACGCCGCAGGCAUGCAAGCUGCCAACGGUGACUUUGGCCAGUUCAAUACCAUGGAGAGCAUCAUGAACCAGCAAAAGGCUGGCAUACUAGCUCAGGAGGCGGGGCAAAUGGUCGUUCCCGCCAGCAACGGGCCGGCUCGCAAUGCGACUCCGCAACCCAUCGCUGGCGCACAAGGUCAAGGGAUGCCUAAUCCGGCUGGACCAAACCAGACGCCUCGGCCGAACCAGGCUCAACAACAGCUCAGCAUGCAGCAGGCACAACAGUUGAAGAUGGAACAGCAACAAUCACAACAAGCGGCACAGAUGCGAGCUCAACAGCAGGCCAGACAAUUACAGGGCCAACCGAACGGGCUCGGCGGCGCGCCUCCUUCCCAAAGUCCGGGCAUGAACACCCUGAACACCCCCAUGCGUCGCCCCCCAAGUGCUAUGAACCCCAUGGAAGGCCAGGGUGGAGCGCAGGCCAAUGGCCCUUUCGCCGGCACCCUCGACCCUCGUUUCAACCAGGGCAACCAGAGACCAAUGCCGAAUGGUGGCAAUAUGAACCUGAACAACAACCCCAUUUUCCACAACAUGAUGGCGAGCAUGAACCCCGAGCAAAGGCAGGCCGUCCACGGACUGCCUCCCGACAAACUCCAUGAGGUCAUGACCAAGUGGCAGGAGCAGCAGCGCAAGAUGCAGAUGAAUGCCAUGGCACAGGCUGGAAAUAAUCCAGGCCAGAUGCAGGGCAGGCCCGGACAGAUGGGACAGUUCAACAUGCCCAACGGCAACCAGUUUAUGCCCAAUGGUAUGAUGCCGCAACAGGCGCAACCCGGAUUAUUGCCCAGCAACAGCAGAUGCUGGCCAGGCUGA